AUGGCGAAUCGAGAUCAGGAAACCGUAGUUUGGGUUCCUGAUGAGGCCAAGAUAUUCAUUCGCGGGACGCUUCUAAGGACCAAGAUCGUAAAGGACAAAGGCAAUCGAGACAAACAAGUCGGAGUGGUGCGGUUGUUGGAAACUAACGAGGAGAAGGAAUACGCAAUCUUGGAUGUUUCGCCCGUAAACCCCCCCACGUUUGAUAAGGUAGACGAUAUGUCGGAAUUGACCCAUUUGAACGAAGCCAGUGUUCUUUACAACCUGGAAAACAGAUAUCGAGAGGAUAUGAUAUAUACGUACUCAGGAUUGUUCCUGGUGGCAAUCAAUCCCUAUUGCAAUUUGAAGCUUUACUCUCAGGAAUAUAUCAAUCUUUAUCAUGGUUCCCCUAGGGAGGAUAACAAGCCCCACAUCUUUGCAAUUGCCGAAGAAGCGUAUCAGAGGCUGUUAUCAGACAAGCGAGAUCAAUCGAUACUGGUCACUGGUGAGUCAGGCGCUGGGAAGACGGAAAACACAAAGAAAAUUUUGCAGUAUUUGGCGUCGAUUACAUCAGAGGACAAGCUGAUUUCCUCGGGUUCCGAGAGUUUUGAGCUGAAGAUUUUGCAGAGCAAUCCGAUCCUUGAGUCUUUUGGUAAUUCCCAAACAGUUCGCAAUAACAAUUCUUCUCGAUUUGGUAAGUUUAUCAAGAUUGAAUUUGAUGAGAGAGGUAAGAUCAACGGAGCACAUAUCGAAUGGUAUCUGCUUGAAAAAUCGAGGAUAGUUCAUCAAAACCCUUUGGAGAGAAACUAUCACAUCUUUUAUCAACUAUUAUCCGGUCUUUCAUCGCAAGAACUUCGAAAGCUGGAGCUAGAUUCUAGAUCAAUCACGGAAUAUCGAUAUUUGCGUAAUUCCAAUGCAUCCAUACCAGGCGUUGAUGAUUCUCAAAACCUCCAAGAGUUAUUGACAGCAUUCAAAAUCGUGGGAUUCGACAACGACGAAGUAUUCGAAAUUUUUAAGAUCAUCUCUAUCAUUCUCCACAUAGGCAAUGUUGAAUUUGUCUCUGAGAAAACCGAGCAAGCAUCAAUUAAGAACGAUCUAACAAGGUUAUGCAAACUUUUAGGCGUUUCUGAAGCUGACUUAAAAGCGGCUAUUUUGAAACCAAAGUCAAAGGCUGGAAAAGAAUGGGUUUCACAGUCAAAGAACGCAGCACAAGCCCGUUUCAUUUUAAACUCUCUGUCAAGAUCUCUUUACGAAAAGCUGUUUGCUUCCAUUGUGGCAAGGAUCAAUAGAAGUCUUGACCACGGUUCCAUGACAGCAAAUUUUAUCGGACUGCUGGAUAUUGCGGGUUUCGAGAUUUUCAAUUUCAAUUCAUUUGAGCAGCUGUGCAUCAAUUACACAAAUGAAAGGUUACAACAAUUUUUCAAUCAUUACAUGUUCGUUUUAGAGCAAAAUGAGUAUUUGAAAGAAAAUAUUCAAUGGGAUUAUAUUGAUUAUGGUAAGGAUUUGCAGUCAACGAUCAACCUAAUAGAGCAAAGGGGACCUGUAACUGGUAUCUUGCCGUUGUUAGACGAAGAAUCCAUACUUCCAAAAUCAACUGAUGAGACAUUCUUUUCGAAAUUGAUGUCUACCUGGGAUCAGAAUUCUUCCAAAUUCAAGCGCUCAAAAAAUCCAGCAUGUUUCGUAUUGACACAUUAUGCCGGAGACGUCGAAUAUAAUAUCGAUGGCUGGCUUUCAAAAAACAAGGAUCCUAUAAGUGACAACCUGCUUAACGUCCUCAAGGCUUCGAGCAAUCAGCUCGUUAAGGCCUUCUUUGACGACGCGCAAAACAAACGAGGAGGGUCAUUUAGGACUAGUUCUGCGCGCCAUAGGGAGCAGCUUAAUUCGUUGCUUGAUCAGCUCUCAUCUACACAACCACAUUUCGCUCGCUGUAUUAUUCCAAACAAUAAGAAGAAAUCCAAGGACUUUGAUAGACGUCUCAUUUUGGAACAAUUGCGUUGUAAUGGUGUUCUGGAAGGUAUUAGAAUUGCUCGUGAAGGUUAUCCUAAUCGUAUCUUUUUCAAAGAGUUCUUCCAGAGGUAUAAACUCUUAUCUAAUGACUUCGCAAUCUCGAAUAACUCGAAAAAGAACUGCGAAUUUUUACUAUCUUCUUUGCAUUUGGACCCAAGUAUUUACAAAGUUGGGAGCACUAAGUUGUUUUUUAAAGCUGGAGUACUGGCAGAACUCGAGACCAAGAAAGAAAAGAUCAUCGAUCAAAUACUUGUGAAGCUUACCUCUCAGGUACGAGCUUAUCAAGUUAGAAAUGGGACAGAGAGAAAACUGAAACAACUCACGGCAGCCAGAGUAUUAGGGAAUUCCUUCAGAAUUUAUAAUAAGCUGCUGGAAAAUCCAUGGUAUAACUUAUACUUGAAGAUCAAACCACUUCUGUCAUCUUGCCAAGAUAUUGCGAAAACGAAACGAAUAGCUGAGCAAGUCAAAACUUUGGAGGCGAAGGUGCAAGAAAUCGAAGGGGAACGAGACUAUUUUAAAAAUCAGAACGUUUCGAAGUCCAAAGAACUCGAGGAACUUCACGUUUUACUAACAACUGAAAAAAAGAACCUUGAAGCCCAGCUGAGGCAAUUGACUGAAGCAAAGGAUCGCUACAUUAGUCUACAAGGAAAAUUAGAAGAAGCUGAUGAGCAGAUAAAGAAAUAUGAAGAAGAGAAAGCUGAAAUGCAAAAACUGCACGAAAUUGCAAUUUCUGAAGUGUCAAGGAUAAAACGAAUGUCUGACGAAGACGAAGCUAAGUUGAACCAACUGCAAGAGGACAAACGUUCGCUUCAGACAAGGGUCAAGGAGCUUGAGCGCACCAUAGCUGAGAAGGAACAGAUAAUUACGGCAUUAUCAGAGGCGAAACAAAAACUUGACAGAGACGUAGAUCAAUUGAAGAACGUCGAAUCAGCAAAACAAGAUGAGAUCAAUAAUUUGAAGCAGAAAUUGAAUAACUCGGAACAGAAUUUAGAUAGCAAGUUGGCAACCCUGGAGAAGAAUUGUAAUGCAGCGAUGGGUCGGUUACAAGCGCUAGUCUCCGAAAAUAACGAUCUACGCCAACGGCUCAAUGUGUUAGAGAAGGAAAAGCAAGGAGCUAGCCGCGAUUUGAAGGCCCGUGAGAGUGAUCUUCAUAGAUUGGAGAGUAAAGUCAAGUCACUCCAAGAGGAGCUUAAUACUAUAUCCAGCCGAAGAGAUUAUACGGUAGCAGAGCAUGCAAAAGUUGUCAGCGAGCUUAAAUCUACAAGGGCUCACGCAUCGUCUCUAAAAAUCACAAUACAGGAGCUGGAAAAAAAAUGUGAGCAAUUACAGAAACAAUCUACCGACGUCAAGGUCCAGGGCGAGAAGAAUGGAAACGAAAAUACUGCUAUCAAGGACUUGAAACGAAGGCUAGCGGAAGAAAUCUCUUUGAAUCGCUAUUUGAAUCAGAAAAUCUCUACUCAUGUAACGGACGGUAGAAUCUCCAAAGAGACAGAGAACGGUCCCAUUUUGUCUCAUGACAGCCAAAAUGAGAAUUUGAUAAGAAAUGAAGACUUGAGGAUACACUUGAAGCAACUCAACAGAAAACUGGACGAGGCCAUCGAGGAGAAAAAAGAUUUGCUUUCCAGACUGAGAUUCACGGAAACGCGGCUAGCAUCUUCCUCAUUCGACUCCCAAAUUGCUCAUAGCCAGGUGAAGACAUUGAAAAAGAUUAUUUGGGACGCAAAGCUUCCGGUGAACCUUGAAGCCGAACUCGGGCAGCUGAAACCUUCAGAGAUUAAUACCGAGAAACUCCUUUUAGAAGUGGAUCAUUUGAAGCGACAAUUAGAACUUGAGACAAAAUCACGCUAUGACGCGGAGAAUGUAGCCGCGGCGCUACAUAGUAAAUUCACCCAGAUCCAAAGGUCAGAAUCAUCCCACGAUAUCUACAGGCUUAAAUAUGAGGCAAGCGAAGAGCGUGCCAAAUCACUAGAAAACAGACUUCGCUCCUUUCCAUUGAGGGACAAAACAAACACAUCAGGAGAUAUUUUCAUUAACCGUGAAAGCGUUUCUAAAUACGCUGAUGAAGUACGGUUUCAUAAGUUGGAAAACUACAAAUUGCAGGAAAUACUGGCCGAUACGGAGAAAAAGCUAGCAGCUUUGAAUCGUGAAGCUAAGCAAUCUAGUGCAAAAGAAAGCUUAUUAUCAGAGCAAAUCGAGAGAUUACAGAAGGACCUUGAAGCGACUGAACGACAAAAUGAGCUGAUGACAGUUACAGUAAAGCAGCAAAAACAUCAAUACGAGAGUUGUCUGAAUGAUUUACAUAUCAAUGAGGCAAGAUCGAGAGAGUAUUUACAUAACUUGCAGGAAGCUGAAGCUGAUGUCCAAAACAUGGCCGAGGUGAUCGAGAAAUUAAAAAUCCAAAUCAAGCAAAAAGAUAGGCAACUGUGGGAAAGCGAUACUGAAAGAAGUAAUCUUGAUAUCCAGCUGCAGGAAACUCUGCUCGAACUAAAAAAAGUGCAGGAGAUCAACAAGGUUUUGAACGAAGAUCUACGGCAUUUAAAAGAACGCCUGGCUCAGGAAGAAGACAACUCACGCUACUUUGAUGAAAUCGAUAACCUAAAGCAGCAAAUCAACUUAUAUAUGAAGAGCGAGACAGACCUCAAAAAGGAGGUUGCAGCAUUGAAGUACGAUUUGCAAACUGCAUCCAACGACUGUGAGGCCAAAAUAAGUGACUUAUUGAGUCAAAUAAACCACUACGAAAAACUGGUAGGCAAAUUGAGUGACGCGAAAAAUGCUGCUGAUGCGACAGAAGACGGUCUAAGCAAGGAAUUGAAUGCAGCCAAAGAGCACGUCAGAACGAUUACCACAAAUUUGGAUGUGCUUUCAGCGCAGAAAUCACAUCUGGAGCAGGAAAUUGAACGGCUGAAGCAGCAGUAUCAAAGCACCAGCGAAGCACUAGAGAAAGUUUCCGGCGAGAAGAGCGAUCUUGCAGAUAGAGUCAAAUAUCUUGAAGAGACGUCAAGGUUGUAUGGAGAGCAGGACAAGAGGAACGAGUCUUUAGUGAAGCAAUUGCACAGCGAUGUUGAUACACUAAAGAAGUAUUUGAAGGAGGAGAAACAGAAAAACAUCGAUCUUUAUGAGGAGAACCAAUCUGAGGUAAAAAAGAACUCUCUGCUUUCUAGCAAAAUAGAUGAUUUAACAGCCCAGCUAGCAGACUCCUCUGAAAAAGAGGCAUGGUUAUCUAGAAUUCACGAACUCGAAACUCUUGUUUCCAGCGAAUCUGAACUGAAAUAUGAGGAAAAGAAGAAAACAAGAAACCUUGAACGAAUAAUCGAGGAACUGAAUCGCAAGAGUUCUUCCGACGCUCAAAAUCUUGAAGCAGCAAAAGAGGGUAAGAAAAAAACCGAGGAACAACUCCUACAAUACGUUGAGCAGAUCAGCAUGAUGGAAAGACGUAUUGCCCAGCAGGAGUUAACUUUGAGAAAAACUGUCCGAGAUAACACUAAUUUACAGGAAAAAAUAGAAGAUCAAGAAAAGGAAUCCUUAUAUUGGAGGCAAAAAUACGAGUCAUUGGCAGGCGCUAAAUGA